GGCCGGGGGACACCGGGGCGGAGGGAACGGAGCGAGGCCGGGGCCCAGCGGGGCCCAGCGGGGCUCGGAGCUGUGGGGACGGGGAGGCCCCGAGCUGGGCCCGGGGCGCUGAACGGGGGUCCCGGGAGGGGCUGAUGAGGUGAUGGAGCCCCCCAAUUUCUCGUGGGUGGUCGAGGGGCGUCUGGCGGGGCUGGCGAUGCCACGGGAGCCGGGGCACUACCGGUACCUGCGGGAGCGCGGCGUGCGACACCUGGUGUCCCUGACGGAGCGGGCCCCGCCCCAUCACGGCUGCUGUCCCCAAAUCCAGCUGCACCGGCUCCGCGUGGCCGACUUCACCCCCCCGAGCCCCGAGCAGAUCCAGAGCUUCCUGCGGAUCGUGGAGGAGGCCAAUGGCCGCGGGGAGGCCGUGGCAGUGCACUGCAUGCUGGGCCAUGGCCGGACUGGCACGCUGCUGGCCUGUUACCUGUGCAAGGAGCAGCACCUGGCAGGUGGCGAUGCCAUCCGUGAGAUCCGGCGCCUCCGGCCCGGCUCCAUCGAGACCUCAGAGCAGGAGCAGGCUGUGCUCCGCUUCUGCCAGCACCUGUGCACUGGCGAGGAGAGCUGAGGACAUGGAUGGCAUCCAUGGAAUUGGGCACCCCAAAGUGCCAGCUGUGCCCAGCCCCGUCUGUCCCCUCCUGUAUUAAAGGACUGGCCUGUG